CUCGACGAGGAAGCUUCCCGGCCGCUCGCUUCGAAGUAACCGAGCCGUUCCCUUGGAAGCAGGCGUCCCCGGGACUCGUGAUUGGCGGCCUCGGCAUGGAGCUUUCGGCCGCCUCUCCCCGGAGCCCCGAGGCGUAGCAGCCGCCUGCUCCUCCCUCUCUGCCUCCCGCCCGCCCUCAACCCCGCACCGAAGUUUGGGAAGCGUCGGGGAAAGUUUGUGAGCCGCGCUCGGGGCAGGAAAGCAGCAGCCGCCGUCGCCAGCAUCAUGGCGAGCAGGCCAGCCGGGUCGGAGGAGGCCGCCCGACCAGCUCCCUACUCCUCCGGCGGCUCGGUUCUCCCCCGGAGAAGGGACGGCGGCGUACAGCGGCCCCUGUGGAUCGUCUGCAUGGCACUUUUCUGGAGAUUCGGCGCCGCCGACUCGGAGUUUUCCAUUCUGGAUGAAGCGCAAGUUUUGGCCACUCAGAUGAGAAAACUAGCUGCGGAGGAGUUGGGCGUCGUUACUGUGCAGCGGAUAUUCAACUCCUUUGUGUACACAGAAAAAAUCUCAAAUGGAGAAAGUGAAGUUCAACAGCUAGCCAAAAAAAUUCGGGAAAAGUUUAACCGCUACUUGGAUGUGGUAAAUCGAAACAAACAUGUAGUAGAAGCUUCAUACACUGCUCAUUUGACAUCUCCUCUCACAGCAAUUCAGGACUGUUGCACCAUUCCACCAUCUAUGAUGGAGUUUGAUGGCAAUUUUAACACUAACGUGUCUAGAACCAUUAGCUGUGAUAGAUUGUCCACCACCGUGAAUAGCAGAGCAUUCAAUCCUGGGCGUGAUUUAAAUUCCGUCCUUGCCGAUAAUUUGAAAUCAAAUCCUGGAAUCAAAUGGCAGUACUUUAGUUCAGAAGAAGGUAUUUUUACUGUGUUUCCAGCUCACAAAUUCCGAUGUAAAAGCAAUUAUGAACACCGCAGCAGACCUGUCUACGUCUCUACAGUUAGACCUCAGUCUAAGCAUGUAGCUGUCAUUAUAGAUCAUGGAGCUUCAGUUACAGAAACACAACUGCAGAUUGCUAAAGAUGCAGCCCAGGUUAUUCUGAACUCAAUAGAUGAACAUGAUAAGAUUUCUGUGUUAACUGUGGCAGACACAGUAAGAACCUGUUCUUUGGAUCAGUGCUACAAGACAUUUCUGUCUCCUGCUACCAGUGAGACAAAAAGGGAAAUGUCCACCUUUGUUAGCAAUAUCAAAUCAUCUGACAGCCCUACCCAGCAUGCAGCAGGCUUUCAGAAAGCAUUUCAGUUGAUGCGAAAUACAAACAAUAGCACUAAACUUCAAGCAAACACAGAUACAGUCAUAAUUUACUUAUCAGCUGGAAUAACAUCAAGGGAUUCAUCCGAAGAUAGUAAAAAGACUACUCUUCGUGUCAUCAAUGAAGAAAAUAGUUUGCUUAACAACUCUGUAAUGGUCCUUACUUAUGCUCUCAUGAAUGAGGGUGUGACAGGCUUAAAAGAAUUAGCCUUUCUUCGAGAUCUAGCGGAACAAAACUCAGCAAAGUAUGGAGUCCCAGAUCGAACAGCUUUUCCUGUAACUAAAGGCAGUAUGAUGGUCCUGAACCAACUGAGUAAUUUGGAAACAACUGUCGGACGGUUUUAUACAAAUCUCCCAAACCAUAUGAUUGAUGAGGCAGUCUUCAGUUUGCCAUUCUCUGAUGAAAUGGGAGAUGGUUUGAUCAUGACUGUCAGCAAACCAUGUUACUUUGGAAAUCUGUUGUUAGGAAUUGUUGGAGUGGAUGUUAAUCUAGCUUAUAUUUUGGAAGAUGUAACCUAUUACCAAGAUUCUUUGGCUUCUUACACAUUUCUGAUUGAUGAUAAAGGGUAUACGCUUAUGCACCCCUCUCUUACCAGACCCUAUUUGCUUUCUGAACCACCGCUUCACACAGAUAUAAUACAUUAUGAGAAUAUUCCAAAAUUUGAACUGGUCCGACAGAAUAUCCUCAGCCUCCCCCUCGGCAGUCAACUUAUUACAGUCCCUGUGAAUUCGUCACUGUCUUGGCAUGUCAACAAAUUGCGUGAAAUUGGGAAAGAUGCCUACAAUGUGAGUUAUGCCUGGAAAAUGGUUCAAGACACAUCUUUCAUUUUGUGUAUAGUUGUAAUACAACCAGAAAUACCUGUUAGACAACUUAAAAACCUCAACACUGUACCCAGUAGUAAACUCCUUUAUCAUCGUCUGGAUCUCUUGGGCCAGCCCAAUGCUUGUCUGCAUUUCAAACAACUGGCAACCUUAGAAAGCCCUACAGUGAUGUUGUCUGCAGGUGGUUUUUCAUCUCCAUAUGAACAUCUAAGCCAACCUGAGACCAAGAGGAUGGUGGAACACUAUACAGCAUAUCUGAGUGACAACACCCGCCUCAUUGCCAACCCUGGGCUGAAAUUCUCUGUCAGAAAUGAAGUAAUGGCUACCAGUCACGUCACAGAUGAAUGGAUGACACAAAUGGAAAUGAGUGGCUUGAACAGUUACAUUGUCCGCCGUUACAUAGCAACGCCCAAUGGGGUGCUCAGAAUUUAUCCUGGUUCCCUCAUGGACAAAGCAUUUGAUCCCACUAGGAGACAAUGGUACCUCCAUGCAGUGGCCAAUCCAGGAUUAAUUACUUUAACGGGGCCAUAUUUAGAUGUUGGUGGAGCGGGCUAUGUGGUUACCAUCAGUCAUACUGUCCAUUCCUCAAGGACAGCUCAUGAAAUACAAGAGGAUUUCAUUAGUUAUGAUGAAUAA